CGACGAGUCUAGAGCCACACAGCUUCUCGUGUCCAGCAUCCGCAAGAUCAACUAAGUCGAAGCGCAAGCUCCGCGACGUGCAACACUGAACACGCAGAUACCUUUGAUUUGUCGCCUGUUAGGAGUGCUUGUAUUCGGUCGCGUGCCGUGAUUCAACUGUCUUUGUACAUCCAUCUUUUCUUCCUCUGUGAAUCAACAACGGCAUUUUGUUGUUUUGCUUUACUUCCAUCACGGGCAGAAUCGUUAAGAGUCUGCAGAACGUCAGACAUUGCUCGACGGAUGACACCUGGUAACAGCAUCACCAUCUCGACGACUUUUUGCUCUUCACAGCGCCUGCUGAGCCGGUAUCUCUGAUCCUCAAACGCUCUUCAUCCAAGAUGGCGUCCGCUACGGUCUACUACAAGUUCAAGUCCCAGAGGGAUCCCUCCAAGAUCACUUUCGAUGGGACAGGGAUCAGUGUGUGGGACAUCAAGAAAGAAAUCAUCAUGCAGAACAAGAUGAAUAAAGACCUUAAUUUCCAUCUCAGCAUUUUCGACGAGUCCGGGUCAAGAGAGUACAAGAGUGACGACCAAAUUGUGCCGCGAUCGUCCCUUGUCAUUGUCAAGCGUCUCCCUGCGCAGCCCGGCAAAGGCACCGCGUACAAGUACGUAACUGAUGACUCCGGUCCUACUGGCGUUGAAGCGCGCUUCAGUGGCGUACCCAAUGCUUCCGGGAUACGCUCAGCGCCAGGAGGCACUUACAGAGGUACCAUGUCAAUGCGCUUCGAUGGUCGAGAUGCGCAGCAGGCAACGUCAUCAGCUUCUGCAUCCAACUCCGCACAGCAAAGCUUUGAUGCCCCAGCGGGAGGUCAAGACAAUGCGGACGAGGCCAGCAAGAUCGCCGCCAUGUUCCAAGCUUCCAACGAGCAGUGGAGUCAUACACAAGAGCAGAUGUCGCAUGCGACAUACAGAGAGCGAGGCGGGGCUCCCAGGAGAGGAGGACCACCUCGUCCUCAAGCCCCACACCUACAGCAGCGACGGCACGAGCCGCCUGGGCCAGGCUAUAUCUGCCAUCGCUGUGGCAAGAAGGGUCAUUGGAUUCAGGAUUGUCCCACGAACGAUAUGCCGGACUGGGAUGGCAAGCCGAAACUCAAGAGGACGACCGGUAUCCCAAGAAGCAUGCUCAAGACUGUUGAGCAACCCACUGACGAGCAAAGAGCGGCAGGUAUGAUGAUUACCGCGGAUGGAGAUUUCGUCAUUGCCCAAGCAGACACGGCUACCUGGCAAAAGCAACGCGGGCGCGCAAAGAUUCUGACUAAGAGUGAUGUCUACGAGCUUCGUCCUUCCGAUAGCUCUCUCACGUGUGCCCUAUGCUCGCGCCUUCUCCGAGACGCUGUCAAAACACCAUGCUGUGGAACUCGUUUUUGUGAGGAGUGCAUUCAGAAUCAUCUCCUCGAGCACGACUUUAUGUGUCCCGAGUGCGAAAAGAGUGUUCAGGAUUUGGACCGACUGGAGCGUGAUCAGGAGACACGGGACAAAGUUGAAGAGUUCAUCAAUAGCGCUAUCCGCAAGAGCGAAGAAGAACAAGAAGCAGCGACGACGGCACAGCAGCAGCAGCAGGCGGAUGAGGCAAGCUUGAGCAACGCUGCUGUUGACGAAGAUGGCCGUGUGGGGAAGCAAGGCGAUGAGGGCAAAGAAGAGACAAAUGGAGACCUGCGUGAUCCGCAAAGUGGACACGGAAAUCAGCGCAACGGAGGCGGCAGUUCCUACCAAGACAUGGUUCAGCAAUUCGCAUCGUUGCCCAACAACCCAAUGGCGACGAUGAUGAUGGUCUCGCAAAUCAACGCGCGUCUGCAGGAUCCGCGCCUCACUCUGGGUGAGCGGCAGCGGCUCACGGGCCAGCUGCAAUAUUUGCAGACACUGUACAUGAACCAAAUGCAGGCGAUGAUGACGGGCGGGUCGUACACGCAGCAAGGUAUCACGUGGGGUCAACAGCAAGCUAUGCAAGCCACUAAUCCAUUCUCACAUCGCGCGCCUAACGCGGACAGUGACUCGCCUUACAUGCGUACUGCCAUCGGAAACAGGGGUACUGGACGGCAAAAGCGUGAUAGGCCGAUGGACUCCUUUGAGGUCAAUAGUGGCGGUGGAGGAGGCAAGCGCGCACGUGGAGAUUGGUGAACGGAGGUGAAUUACGUGUACCUGCAGACAGCAGCGUCGCCGAAUGCGCAGUCUCCCUUGGUUGUAUAUAUCCUCUGGCCAUUAGCAUUAAUUGUAUAUGC